AUGUUACCAACCCCACCAGCAACUCCGCCGCUGCCCGGACAAUGCGCUCCUGCUGAUCGCCUUGGACAAAUCUUAGUCAACCGCCUGGAGUUGACAAGCAUUCUUGGCGUGGGUGCCUACGGCGUGGUCUACACUGCUGUCGACAUCCAUACCAACGCUCUUUAUGCUGUCAAGGCUCUCAACAAGAUUGGCCUGGACCCUAGGCAACGCAAGUUCCAGCAAAGAGAAAUUCAACUUCAUCAUCAGGCCAGCCGUCAUCCGAAUGUGGUUUCCUUGGUCAAAAUUCUGGAUUCUGUGGAUUGCACUUUUGUUGUGAUUGAAUUUUGCCCCGAGGGAGAUCUCUUUUCAAAUAUUACGGAACGUGGACACUACGUCGGUAAUGAUUUUCUGGCCAAACGGGCUUUCCUGCAAAUUCUGGACGCCGUGGAGUUUUGCCAUUCUCUGGGAAUAUACCACCGGGACCUGAAGCCGGAGAACAUCCUGGUCACCGAUGGCGGCAUGACCGUCAAGCUUGCUGAUUUUGGUCUCGCAACGACUGAUCCCUUCUCUUCUGAUUUUGGAUGCGGAUCAACAUUCUAUAUGUCUCCAGAAUGUCAACAGUCAUCGCCUCGGCCAAAUUCGUUUUACGCUUCGGCUGCUAACGAUGUCUGGUCCUUGGGUGUUAUUCUCGUUAACCUGACUUGUGGCCGGAAUCCGUGGAAACGGGCUUCAACCGAAGAUUCUACCUUUCGGGCAUUCCUCAAGGAUUCCAAAUUUCUUCGCUCCAUUCUUCCCUUAUCCGCUGAAUUGGACAAUAUCCUGAGGAGAAUUUUUGAGUGUGACCCACAAAAGCGGAUCACGAUUCCUGAACUCCGGGAGCUCAUUGUA